AUGUCUAAUCCUGAGAAAGCUCCCCAAUACUCGGCUGGCGACCAGCAUGGAAGCGGUCUCCUGCCUACCGCUCAGCCUGGCCAGCAGUAUCCCACUUCCACACACGACUCCUCUGCCCCUCCUGCGUACAAUCAAGGAUCGGCUGAACUUCCUGGAGAUGAGAAGCCGCGUGUUCCAGUUCCUCAACAAGAUCAUUCUCAAUUUGCUGGAACCCAGCAACAGCCUCCCCAGUUUGCACCUCCACCUGUAGGUGAAUCGCAACAACCACUAGCCGGAGACGAGAAGCGCAAGCUGGAACAACAAUACUUCCCUCCCCCUCCUCCUGGUCCUCCUCCUUCGCAGGAUCAACAUCAACAAUCUGCUACUCACCCCAACCCGCUCCAGGGAAAUCCAAUCACCGCGCCUCAGCAGCACCAGGAGACUCACCAGCCCUUAGACGCUCAGCACACCCAACAAGGCCAGCAGAGCCAGCAAAACUACGCCAUCCCACAAUAUGACCCUGCCCAUCCUACCUUUGCGCCCCCUCCUACAGGCGAGCCGGUUCAGUCAGGUACAACUGUCCCUGACCCUAGCCAUAGCCAUGAUUACAACCAAGGUCACGUCCAAGGUCACGACCACAACCUAGGCCACGUUCAAGGUCCCGAUCACGGUCAGGGCCAGGGCCAUGUCCCCGAUACUGGCAAUGUUUCAACAUUUGUGCCUCCUGAUGAACACAAGAAGCCUGGCUGGAGCGAGCGUUUUAGCCAGCUUGGUAUCAAGGCUGCGGCGCCCAUCAACAGCCUGGCGCACAAAUUUGGCAGUCAAAGUUUCCUUCCCGAGACUAUUGAUAAAGAAUGUGACAAGGCCGCCUCUAUUCUGAAGUCGUUCUGCAAAAACGGUGUCUACGCCGACCCUAGCUCAAGCCAGGUUCCCACCUCAACCGACCCAAAGGCGCAGGAGACAAACGACGAGAUCAUUGAUCCUACCAAGGAGAAGCCCAAGAAGCGAGUUCUUGUCAACAUCCCCCCUAAGGUCAUUGCCAAGGCACAAGGUCUUGCUAUCUUUACAACCCUUCGUGCCGGCUACGCCUUUUCUGGUGCCACUGGUUCGGGUAUUCUGAUCUCUCGUCUUCCUGACGGAUCAUGGGGUCCUCCUUCAGGUAUUCAGGUGCACUCUGUGGGUGCGGGCUUCAUGAUCGGACUUGAUAUUUACGACUGUGUCUGUGUCAUCAAUAGUCGAGAAGCACUUAACGCUUUUGCCAAGACACGCGUUGCCCUGGGCAGCGAUCUUGCUGUGGUUGCUGGUCCUUACGGCGCUGGAGGUGCUGUCGAGAUCGGUACUGCCAUGGACGGAAAGAAGUCCAAGGAGGCCAAGGAUGAGGAGGCUCCUCCCAAGCCUCCCAGGCCCACUGAGGACAGCCAAAACUUGAAGCCCGAGACAGACAAGAAGAAGAAUCGUCGCAGCCUGAGCGCUAGCGGUUUCAAGCCUGUCUUUUCUUACGUCAAGUCUCGUGGCUUUUACGCAGGUAUCCAGGUCGAUGGUACCGUUGUGGUUGAGCGCAAGGAUGCCAAUGCCGCUUUCUACGGCGAGCGUGUCUCCGUUGAGCAGAUCAUCAGGGGAGAGGUUCCCCGCCAAGGACCCAACAGCAACUGGCCUGCUGGUGCUCGUAACCUCCUUGAGACUCUGAAGGGAGCUGAAGUAGGCUCUCUCAAGGUCAAGCAAGGAAAGGAUUCAGUGUCUCCGACCGCCCCCACAUUUGGCGGACCUUCUGCCGACCCUUCCAUUCCGGCGGCGACCGGAGGUGUGGGUGCCGCUGGGCAGACUCAUCCCCCAGGCUACGUGGAUGAUGGGGUUCACCGACCUGAUGUUGGUGAUGUUAAGUACCGUUAA